AUGGCACCAACCCUCAUCACCUCACCCUCGUCCCCCUUGGGACUCACAAUCCUCCCCCGCACCGCAUGCCACGAACUCCACGGCUGCGGCUCCAUCCAACAAGACAAGCUCCCCCUCAUCAUCGCCGUCGUCGUCGUCGUCGUCAUCAUCAUCGUCGCCAUCUAUUGGUUCAGCUUCCGCAAGUUAAGGGAGAUCAGGAAACAACAAACUUCGACCACCAAAGACAACGUGAAAUUGGCCAUCGUUCUUGGUUUGAAUCCGAACAACACUGCACCUCAUGCACCGACGUUAGGAGCGGGUACUACUACGGGUGCGACUACUGGAAGUGGAGCCACCGGGACUGGGACCGGAGCGGGGACCGGGGCCAUCGGGGCACGAGGUGGGGCAGGUGGAGCAGCGGCAGGACAACCUGGCGUGUUCGAAGGCGGUCUCCCACCUCUGGUACCGCCGCCAUUGUAUGAGGAGACACCGCCGCCGCCUCCUACUUAUCAGAGGGGGGAGAUGGCCCCUAGGCGUGCGUGA